AUGAGUAACCGCCAUCUGCCGGCUGGGCAGAAUAUACAGGGAGGAGCUCACGGCGCCGAUAUGGUCGGCGGUCCUGGAGCGCCUCGUCGGAGGCAGCCUCCUCCCUAUGUUCCGUACCAGCAACAUCACCAGCACAUGAAUGCUAUGUAUCCUAACUACAUGCCCUACAACCAGCCGUACUACGGUUAUCAGCCACACUACCAGGGUCAACACUACCAGAACGCACAGUAUCCGAACGCGCAGUAUCAAGGCGGACAGUAUCAGGCUGGACAGUAUCAGAAUGGUCAAUACCCAACCGCACAGUAUCAAAAUGCUGGAAUGCAUUCUCCUGGAUAUGUGCCUUACCAGAACUUCGCACGAUCACCACCUGCCAUGCCUCAGUACAUCCCCAUGUCUGGCGUGAGCGUUCCUCCGAGCUAUACUCCUCGACCAGCUCAGCAACAGUCACCUGCUUUGUCGAAUCCCUACCAACCUCCGGCUGCGGCUCCAAUCCCGCCCCAAACUCCGACCUCCACCCACUCGUCACAGAUGAUUCCUCCCCCAACUCCCCCGGUCCCCCAGGAGACUGAGCCAGUUCCUCCCGCUCCUGCUGCGCCUGUCGAGCCUGUUGAGCCGACCAGGGUGCCUUCGCCUCCUCCCGCUCCCAAGGAACCUUUCCGUGCACCUCUACCGUGGUCAUCUCACCCCGAUUUCAAGUUCCCUGCUAGGGCCGCAAAGUCGAGAAGACGGAGGAGGCAACUCAAUGCUGACAGUGAAGCUUUAUCUUUACCAGUUGAACAGCAACAAGCGGCCACAGAGCAUGCCAAUGCACCUGAAGCUAAUGCCACUCAGCAUUCGGUCACGGUUCUCACCCCCGCUUCCUCGGCUGCUCCCUCUGAGACAGCUGAAGUAAAGGCUGCCGAUUCUCCCAUCUCUCCCGUCCAGCAACGAUCUCGCACCAACACUGCCACCAGCGCUACCUCGACUGCGACGAACCGCCCUGCCGCUCGUUCCUCCACCGUCCCUGCCCCAGCUAUUCCUUCUCUCCCCAAGGCGAGUCCUAAGGAGGCCAAGCCAGUGCGUGCUGAAAAGCCGGCAAACGGCGAUGUAGCCCCUGAGGCUGCUCAUGAGACGUCAACGAAAGCUGAAGCCCUCGAGAACGGAGCCCCUGAGAAGCCUGCUGAACCCGAGCCCGCCGCCGAACCUGCCCCUGCAGUUAAAGUUGCCCCUGCAAACUGGGCCGACCUUUUGAGGAAGCCUGCUGCUGCUACUGCUUCUGGAAAAUCGAACGCGGUUAAUGGUACUGCCUCUCCUAGUACUCCGGUCAACGGCCAUAGUACUGAUGGUGCUGUUGGAGCCACCAACGGCUCUGCCUCCAGCUUUUCUAAAGCCAACGCAAGCUCUGUUGCGGAGGCUAUUCACUCGUUCCAAGUUGGUCUCGCCGACCAAGUUUCUUUUCUCGAGCCUCGCGGCCUGAUCAACACUGGGAACAUGUGUUAUAUGAACUCUGUAUUGCAAGUUUUGAUGUUUUGUCUUCCCUUCUAUGAUUUCCUCAGCCAGAUCAGCAAGCGUGCUGUUCACAGCUUCAAGAGCGAUACUCCUCUUAUCGAUGCCAUGAUUAUGUUUAUGCAUGAAUUCAAGACCAUCAAGUCUGCUGCUGGCAUUGAAUCUUUGCGAACUUGUCUCAAGAAUGAGGAAUUGGAGCGCUAUGGUGAUCCUUUCACCCCUGAAUUCGUUUACGAAGCUAUCAGACAGCUUCCAAGAUUCGCCAGUAUGAGGCGAGGCCAUCAGCAAGAUGCUGAGGAAUUCCUCGGCUUCCUGUUGCAGUCUCUUGAUGACGAGUGUACUUCAGUCCUCAAGAACUCCGCAUUAUCUGAUCAAGAACGCAGGGCCAGUUCUGGUUCAGGUGCUGGUGGUGAAGAUUGGCUUGAAGUUGGCAGAAAGCAAAAGGCCGCCGUUUCUCGAUCCUCAGGACCUAGCUCUUUCAGCCCCAUCUCGAGAAUUUUUGGUGGUUCAUUAAGGUCAGAGUUCCGUGUACCAGGCUUGAAAGACUCUAUCACCACUGAGCCUUAUCAGCCCCUUCAGCUGGAUAUUGGAUCUCCUGACGUGCGCAAUGUUGUAGACGCUCUGCGGGGUCUUACUCGUCCGGAGCGUCUUCAGGGAGACUUCAACUCACCACGUGGCAAGGAUGUCACGGCCACUAAGCAAGUUUUCAUUGACACACUACCUCCCGUCCUCAUACUGCAUCUCAAGCGCUUCCAGUUUGAUGCAGAAGGUAAUGGGACCGUCAAAAUUUGGAAGAAGAUCGGUUACCCCUUGGAGCUUGAGAUUCCUCGUGAAGCCUUGUCGCGGCAGAAACGCCAGACGUACGGUGACGACGGUAUGCCCAAGUAUAGGUUGAUCAGCGUUGUAUACCACCAUGGAAAGAACGCCAGUGGUGGACAUUAUACUGUUGAUGUUCGGCGUCAAGAAGGACGUGAGUGGAUUCGCAUCGACGACACGGUCAUUCGCAGGGUCCGAAGUGAAGAUAUUGCCGAGGGCGGCGAGGAGGAAGAGAUCAAAGAUAACCGCAAGGAUGGUCAAUCAUCUGGUUCUGCUGGAAACCGAUUCGGAGCGGUUCUCGACGAGGAUGCCGGAGAUGAUGACGGCUGGAGCAAGGUCACAAGCCCUGCCGGAGGAGCGAAGAAAUGGAGCAGUGUUGCCAACGGUACUAGUAAUGGCAGUACCAAGGCUAAGCAGGUCAAGGACAACAUCAAGGACAACAAGGUUGCCUACCUGCUCUUCUAUCAGCGAGUGUAA